AUGUCGAAAGAAAAACUUAUUCCUUACUCUGAUUAUUUCGACGAAUAUCCUACUGAUAUACAAGAAAUGUCUGGAUUUUAUCGAGCAAAAAUACGACUCUUUGAAGUGCUCAAAGGCAAUUUCACUAAAGAAAUCGUUCAAGGUCAAUACUAUACGGAGUGCCCUCGCGUCACUCUGGGUUUUCUUGGCGUGUUGCUACUAUUGUGUUCUAUUAGACAAAGCAUCGAUACUAUACAGAAUGCUCUCGCGUCACCCUAG